AUGGAGAGUACUAUGCGAAAGACACGCGUUCGUGACAUUGAAGGGGAUGGAUUCCGACACGUACAACUAUCGGAACAAAGCAUGUCGCCGGCAGAAUUGAUUGAAGAAUUGGCUUUGCCAGAAGGUCUUCAACCGCGCAUAGAUAUAGGAAAAGUGACAUUCCACCACCAUCAAAGUCCAGUACCUGCAGUAUGGAAGCCGAUUGUAUCAAGUAAGGGAGCGUUAGUAAAAGACAAAGAGAUUGUGGGUGAAAAGGCUAAUGCUAUUAGUUCCGCACUGGAUAGGUUUCAACAAGGGGUGGCGACACUGCAUGAGAUCUCAUCAGAAACGAAGCCAUUACAACCCGAAACGAUGCUGAAUAUAGUCCAACCUCGAUGGGCCAGGAAACCCCUUCAAACCCCGAAAGCAACUUUUGCAGCCGGGGUACGAAAGGUUUUGGUACAACUUUAUGUACAGGGAGUAGACGACUCUAGCAUGUGUGUUAGUUCUGAAGCAGCACUGCAGAUUUUUAAGACAAAACAGAAAACCAUGUACUGGCAGAGUCAGCAAGAUAGACUUACCGAUGCAGAAGUAGGAGAUGUUGUGAGGGUAGAAGCCUAUAGACCAUAUGUUGGCAAUCCAAUGCCCAAUGUUGAUGAUGCUGCCGAAGUAGAAGAAGUAGAAGAGUAUGAAUAUCAGGUUGGAGAUGGUCAGCAUAACUAUACAUCUGUAGAAUGUGACACUUGUUAUGAUUGGGAUGGCGAAGAGAAUCCCUUUGACACUAGAAAUUGUCACAUUGAAAGUUCACUCAUUGAAGCCGAGACCAAUGAAUCAGCAAAUCAAUCAUAUAGCAGCGGAAUUGGGGAUUGGGUUACAGUACAUGGUGAACAUUAUGUCUGA